AUGUCUAUACAUACUUCUCCAGUUCAUGCUCUGGUACCAAGAGCUAGUACUUUGGCUCUCACCAGCGAUGCUGCGAUUGAAUACAUUCUUGCAGAUAUUCCCUUCUUUUGCAUUGGACUGGUGGCAUUCGCAUUCUUUGCCUUCAUGCUUUUUAUGAAACGCGUCACCUUGCUUUCCAUAUAUCUUUAUUCCACUGCUUUAUUUAGUUUCGUUGCCGCCGUGAUCGACCUAGCCCAACUACUUGUUCGCGGUUCCGUCAAGGUAAACAUGAACACAGGCAUAACCUCAGGCGUCACAGCCCUGAUCAACACUCGCGAAGUCGGUCUUUCCAUUGCCAUCGGACUCAGGUUCCUUUUCUUCUGGGCUUUCGUUGCUGAACGUCCACGUGGAGAACCACCUCCCACAACAGACCUGAGUGAUCCUCGAGUCUACGUCUAUCACGCCCAGAAUUCUCAUAGUGCCAGAUGGGAGCGGUGGGGUUAUUUGGGCAUUUUCCUAAAAUGGUUGAUUCUGGCUAGUGUUAUCUCGAUACCCAUCCUGCAAAUCAUCUGGAGGAUUGCGGUGAGGCACUUUGGAGUCGUGUAUAUGGUUGAAUCCACCAUAGAAAUCUUGAUCUCUGCUCUUCUUCUGUUGAAAAUGAUCCUCAACGUUUUCCUGUCGCCGGUCUCUCCGUGGUGGAAACCAUUCAGGUUCUACAUCGCACCUCUGAUUGCGCUGCUCAUCAACCUCGGCAUAGGAAUUGGAGAAUUGGUUUACUUCCUUUUCUCUGAAACAUCUCUCGGACGAUUCCUACAAGCGUUAGAGGUUUAUUUGAUGAUCAUUUUUCUUAUGCUUGUCGCCUUCUAUAAAGUUCCAGUAAGACCCAUUCGGCCAAGCGUCAGCACGUCAUAUAUGGUGGAAAAAAAACCUCAAAAUACUCAGUCCGUCGCGGAAGCCCCUGCUGUUGAUGAGCCUUCAGCCGAUAAUGACACCCAGACCAGGCUGUCGAUGGUACCACGAGUUACAUCUUGGAUAAUUCCCUCGCGGCGGCAAUCCAAUGUGGGAAGGCAGAACCGGCCAAAUACAGAAGAUGUAGAAGCUGCACUUACGCUUCCAUCAUCUCAGCCUAUCCAACAACCCAAACAACUUGAACCCCUAUCGGUACGACAGAGUCUCCAAGAAACUCGAGAUCCAGCACGACAAAGCGUUUGGGUACCUCCCCAACCCGAACCUGUGGACGAUUCCGACCUGUUCGUCAGACCUAUACCUACUCCUACCCCUGCAAUUUCAUCGUCCGUCCUCCUCCCAGAAAAAGACCAAAUGGAAAGUGGGUCCGAAAAUCGAACUUCCACUGGUGUUUCUCUCCGUUAUUAUGGAGUGGGUCACGACUCGCUCAUGUCUUAUCCAAAUCCAUCGUUCAUGGCCAACGAUGAGAGCUCGUUGAAAAGUUCUGGGACGGAUUCUCCCAUUUAUGGUCUGGAUGGGAUCGUUAAACAGCAGAAAAACCGGAACUCUGCUGGUUCAUCACUUCGACCUCCGCGGAGACCAAGUGUGAGUUCUUUCGACGAGCUGAUUCAACAGCAGGCCGAACUUGAUAGAAGUAUCGCUGCGUUGCGAUUGUUUUCCCCUCCCACGUCGUUCGCCGAGGCCGAAAAUCCGUCUGCAGGUAUACCCGAUGGCACCUCCCUUUCUACCACUAACAACCGCACAGUCAGCACACUGACCUCCUCCUCUGCUCGCAGCGAGUUUUCACUGUCUAUAUUCCCGGAUCCUCCGAUUGCUGAUUUCCCUUUGCGAGCGUCCUUUUCUACAAUGCGCGCAAAUAGAACGAAGCGGCAGUCUCGUCGUGAUUUGCCUACUUCGUUUGACAAUAUAUCAUUGGAUGUACCCUCUCUGCCAGAUACGCCAAUGCGCCUAGCGCCUGGAAGAUCGUUCGGUUCGAAUGCUACCCAGUAUGAUGUCACGUCAUUUAUUGGACAUUUGACCCGCCCUUCAGUGACCGAGGGGCUCGCGCAAUCAGAAUCGGCGAAUCAGGCGUCCUUGACAAAUGUAUCAGAGGAGGUCAAGGCUGACCCGAAAUCAGAUACCCCGGUUGCGGAGGACUUGACUCUUACUAAGGAAACCUCGUAUCCACAGCUUCGCCCGUUCUUCCUGGGAAACGUAACUACCUCCCCCGCUGUCUCGUCGCCAUUGGCAGAGGGCGCACGGGGUCCGUCUACGAUCUCUGUGGGACCUCGUAAACCUGUUCGAGGCCGGUUAGCGUUGCCAUCUAACCCUCGACCGAUAAUAAGUGCACCAAUGCAGUCUUCUCUGGAUCAGGCGCCAGGUGCGUUCGAGAGUCCUCGACCGCCUCCUUCAUUUUCGACAUCAAGUAUGGUGUAG